UAUGGCGAUGUAAACAAUCUAAAAGUUCAGUUACGGUUAGCUCGAAGCCUCCAACCAACUCCACCCUCGUCUUCUCCGCCCUCCUCCUUUCAUUAUCUCCCCCACAACUCCACCCUCCCUCUCAAAACCCCUCAUUCCCUCCUCCCUCGCAUUCUCCGCACCCCAAAAGAUGGCCUCUACUUUCCUCUCCACCAAGCCCACCAUUUCCUUCUCCUCCGCCGUCUCCACCUCCCUCCCAUGCCGCCCUUCUCUCUCCUCCUCCUCCUCCGCCGCAUUCCGCUCCCACCCCCGCCGUAGGGCCCUCACCGUCCGCGCCAAGAUCAGGGAGAUCUUCAUGCCCGCCCUCAGCUCCACCAUGACCGAGGGCAAGAUCGUCUCCUGGAUCAAGUCCGAGGGCGACGUCCUCUCCAAAGGCGAGAGCGUCGUCGUCGUCGAGUCCGACAAGGCCGACAUGGACGUCGAGACCUUCUACGACGGCAUUCUCGCCGCGAUUGUCGUUGGCGAGGGAGAGACCGCACCCGUCGGCGCCGCCAUCGGGAUUCUCGCCGAGUCUGAAGCCGAGCUCGAAGAAGCCAAGGCUAAAGCCGCAAAUUCCGGGGGCACUCCCGUUACGCCCGCUCCUCCUCCUGCUACUGCCACUCCUGCUCCUGCUAUCCCCCAGCCACCACCUCCUCCUGCUGCCACGUCAGCGGCUCCGGCUGGGCCCAGGAAGACUGUUGCCACUCCCUUUGCUAAGAAGCUGGCGAAGCAGCACAAGGUCGACAUUGCCGCAGUCGUCGGCACCGGCCCAUUCGGCCGAAUUACUCCUGCUGACGUGGAGGCGGCCGCUGGAAUUCAGCCCAAGAAGACAGUAGCUGCUGCUGUGCCUGCUCCGGCAUUGCCUCUACUUCCGGGGUCCACUGUGGUGCCUUUCACCACAAUGCAGGCGGCGGUUUCGAAGAACAUGAUUGAGAGUCUUUCGGUGCCGACUUUCCGGGUGGGUUAUGCGGUGAACAGUGAUGCCAUUGAUGCCCUGUAUGCCAAGGUGAAAAGAAAGGGUGUGACCAUGACUGCCUUGCUUGCCAAGGCGGUUGCUCUGGCACUUGCUCAGCAUCCGGUUGUGAAUGCUACCUGCAAAGACGGGAAGAGCUUUUACUACAACAGUAGCAUCAACAUUGCGGUAGCGGUGGCUAUUGAUGGGGGCCUGAUAACGCCUGUUCUUCAGGAUGCAGAUAAGGUGGAUUUGUAUUUGUUAUCUCAGAAGUGGAAAGAGCUGGUGGAGAAGGCCCGCUCAAAGCAACUUCAGCCCCAUGAAUACAACUCAGGAACUUUCACUCUCUCCAAUUUGGGUAUGUUUGGAGUGGACAGGUUUGAUGCUAUUCUUCCUCCUGGCCAGGGUGCUAUCAUGGCUGUUGGAGCUUCAAAACCCACUGUCGUCGCUGAUGCAGAUGGAUUCUUCAGUGUAAAAAGUAAAAUGCUGGUGAAUGUAACAGCUGAUCACCGAAUUGUCUAUGGAGCUGAUUUGGCUGCCUUCCUAAAGUCAUUUGCAAAGAUUGUUGAAAAUCCAGAAAGCCUGACAUUGUAGAUAAUGCUCAGGACUCCCAUGAUUGAAAGCUUUUACCCUCCGGCCUCUAUAUUUCAUCAGCAACAAGGGGAUUAUCAUCUUUCAAACGGGGUGCCCAACUAAGGAACACACAGUUGCAGUAAUUUCCACUGUUACUGUUGAGAAAAUUUUGAAGAAAAGGGAAUAGAAACUUGACAUUGUGUUGUAUCUUUUGAUAUACACUGUUCAAUAAUAUCACAUUGCUCUGGUAGUUAGUUCAGAUA